GGGCGCGCUCCGGGAGGCGGCUGGAGCUGCGCCGCUGGCGGCUCGGCGCCCGCUCGCCGCACGGGCCUCCGUCGCCCGCUAACUCGCAUCCCGGUUUCCCUGCCCGCCGCGUCCCCGCGCGAAGAUGGCAACCGACGGGCUGCAUGAGAACGAGACGCUGGCGUCGCUCAAGAGUGAGGCCGAGAGCCUCAAGGGCAAACUGGAGGAGGAGCGGGCCAAGCUGCACGACGUGGAGCUGCACCAGGUGGCAGAGCGUGUGGAGGCCCUGGGGCAGUUUGUCAUGAAGACCAGGAGGACCCUCAAAGGCCACGGGAACAAGGUUCUGUGCAUGGACUGGUGCAAGGAUAAGAGGAGGAUCGUGAGCUCCUCGCAGGAUGGGAAGGUGAUUGUGUGGGAUUCCUUCACCACCAACAAGGAACACGCGGUCACCAUGCCCUGCACGUGGGUGAUGGCGUGUGCGUACGCUCCAUCAGGAUGUGCCAUUGCGUGUGGUGGUUUGGAUAACAAGUGUUCUGUGUACCCACUGACAUUUGACAAAAAUGAAAACAUGGCCGCCAAAAAGAAGUCCGUUGCUAUGCACACCAACUACCUGUCAGCCUGCAGCUUCACCAACUCUGACAUGCAGAUCCUGACGGCCAGCGGCGAUGGCACAUGCGCCCUGUGGGACGUGGAGAGCGGGCAGCUGCUGCAGAGCUUCCAUGGCCACGGGGCCGACGUGCUCUGCUUGGACCUGGCCCCCUCAGAGACCGGGAACACCUUUGUGUCUGGGGGAUGUGACAAGAAAGCCAUGGUGUGGGACAUGCGCUCCGGCCAGUGCAUACAGGCCUUUGAAACACACGAAUCUGACAUCAACAGUGUCCGAUACUACCCGAGUGGAGAUGCCUUUGCUUCGGGAUCAGAUGAUGCUACGUGUCGCCUCUAUGACCUCCGGGCAGACAGGGAGGUUGCCAUCUAUUCCAAGGAGAGUAUCAUCUUUGGAGCUUCCAGUGUGGACUUCUCCCUCAGCGGUCGCCUGCUGUUUGCUGGAUACAAUGAUUAUACCAUCAAUGUCUGGGAUGUCCUCAAGGGAUCCCGAGUCUCCAUCCUGUUCGGACAUGAAAACCGUGUUAGUACUCUACGAGUUUCCCCUGAUGGGACUGCUUUUUGCUCAGGAUCAUGGGAUCAUACACUCAGGGUCUGGGCUUAAUCACAGUGAACACAUAGGUACCUGAGGAUAGAAUUUGAAAUCAUCACGUGUAAAUCUUGCUUUUAGAGGGUCUGAGAGUUGAAUGCAACUUAGCUUAAGGGAGCAGCUCCAUGUCUGAAAGUUCACCACGUGUCUCCAAUAUUACCAUUAAAACCACCAUCCUAGAAAGAUCCCAGUGUGAGUCUUCAGCACUCCGAGAACACCCUCAAGUAUAGUGUUUUUCAUUUCGAACACUUUUUAAAAUGCACAUGUUUUUAAGGUUAUUCUGAAGUAUACUAUUCUCAACUCAUUCUCUUACCAGUAGAAUUCAGCAUUUAAUAUAUUCCAUAUUGUUUCCUUGAAUCAGAUUUAUUUUUCAGAGCACUUUAAAAGCUGAUUUUUUUCUCAGUGUGCACUGUGAUUUUUGGAACCUUCCACUGGAAGGGUUGAUUUUAAUGGACUUUGUGAGAGGGACUGUGUUACUUGGUCUUUGAGAGAAGAAAAUUCCAAUUCCAAAUGUAAUUAGACAACAUCACCUUUUUAAAUGUGUUUUUAUUGUGAAAGUAUCUUUUUCAGCCUUGCAUCCAGUUGUCUUUCUUUCAGAUAAAACAUUUUAUUCCAUGUAUGUGAACAGUUAUAAAUUAAGCAGAGAUGUGUAUAAAAUGGUAAAAUGGACAGAAGGUUUGAUUUGUGAAUCUUAUGAUGGUGUGAGUGAUCAUUGUAUCACGUGGACAGGACAAUUUCUUUCAUUUGAAGGAAGAGCUGAGUGCUGCUAGUGACACAGAAGACAGUAAACUUAUUUUAAAACCUAUUUGUAGUGUUAGAUGUAUCAGGAUCAGUAAGUAGCAUCCCACCAGGCUAAAGUGAAUCUUGUCUGUACCAAUUACACUCAUAUUUAUUGCAUUGCAAGUGUAAUUACAUACAAAUUAAUUGAUAGGUCUCAGAUGAUAAUGUCUUGGCUUCACUUAUAUUGAGAAAAAGUAAUGUAAAAAAAAUAUCUUGGAGUUCCCGUUGUAGCACAGUGGAAAAGAAUCCAACUAGGAACCAUGAGGUUGCGGGUUCAAUACCUGGCCUCACUCAGUGGGUUAAGGAUCCAGUGUUGCCAUGAGCUGUGGUGUAGGUGACAGAUGCAGCUCUGAUCUGCUGUGGUGUAGGCAGGCAGCUGUAGCUCCAGUUGUACCCCUAGCCCGGGAACCUCCAUAUGCCACGGGUGUGGCCCUAAAAAGUGAAAAAAAAAAAAUCUGGUCAUUUGAAAUUCACCUGUUCCUUCUGGAAGAUACCUAGUGCUUUAGUUACAGGAUCCUUUAUUUUCUGUUUGGUUUCAAGGUGUAGAGGCUUAUUCUUUGCUUUAGAGAACUCCUUGUUCAUAAAGAUGGCAUGCAUCAUUUAGGGAAAUAAAAGGUCAUCACCUCAGGCCAAAAACCAUUCCUGGGUGAGGGAAAAAAAACCAUUCCUGUAGGUGAUCUGGGGUCUGGGGCCCAGCCCCAGGCUCUGUUGCUUGAAGAGGUCCUUCCAGAGCUGGAGCUCUUGUAAACCUCAGGGGGUGUGCCAGGCAAAACUACUUGUUGAGGUAUCGUAAUGGGCCAGUCAGUCAAAAAUCACCCAGGCCAGCUUUGCCAUCAACUCUUUUAAAAUAAACAUAGUGGUUAUACAACACUACAAGACUCUACAACAGGGCCUGGGGUAGAGACAGAAAAAUAUGAAAGGCCCCUGCUCGCUCACACAUACACCCCUGCCACCCACCCACACACACCUCGAGAGCCCAGAGGGUAAGGGGACGGGGAACAUAGUCCAGGAGAACAACUUGUCAGCCACCUUCUCUCCCUAGUGGGUUCCAGCCUGGGCAGGGGCUCAGGGAAGUGGGCACAGGGUCUACUGCCAGCUGCUGAAGGGGCAGGCCCAUGAAAUUCCCAAGCUCUGCUCCCAGAAUUUUCCAGAGUUUGUUCCUGAGCUCCUAGUUAUGGCAUCCCCUUCCCCCGCCUUCACAUACUUUUUUGUGUAUCUGCACUCUGACCUGGGCCUCCCAGAAGAGGAGAAAGACAGGGCCAAGGAAAAGUCAUACAGACUCAGGUGAAGCAAAUUCAAGUUUCUAUGUUUGGACAGGUGGGGGCAUCUGCAGUGUACACGCAAAAUCACCCCUCACUUUCCAAUCCAAACAGUGACUUUAAGGGCCCCAUGAAAGUGUCCUCUCCUGUACUCACCCUCCUUGGGCAGUAAACCACCUCCCCUGUAAGUAUUUAAUCUCGCAGUGGGUGCUGUUUAGUAUUUAUUGAUGAACUACUUGGUUGGGAAUGUACUGUACCAUGUGGAAACUCAAGGGUAAACUCCCAGGUAAUAAAUUGUAUUUUGCAUAUUGAAAAUAA